AUGCUGUACGGCCUCAAGCACAGACGAGGGGAGGUCCCACCAGAGAAGCGCAGGAGUCCGCGUUGCAAGACGCACUCAGCCGUCGCUGACAAAAGCGCUCGUCUGUGGUUGUCGUCGCAGGCUGAAGCAGGGGGAGGGCUGACGGAGAUGCGUCACCUUCAAUUCCUCGUGUGGAAGAACCUUGGCGACGUGUACGCGAAGCUGGGGAGUGACUAUAGCGAGUCAGCACUGCGUGCUUACGUCACAGCGACGGAGAUCGACGGCCAGGAUGUCGUGCUCUGGCACCGACUCGGAUCCAUGGCUCUCCGAACCGCAGGUCGAGCUCGCCUGGCAAGAUACGCGUUGGAACAAGGCCUCACCUGCAGCCCUUACCACUGGGGGUGUCUAAACAAGCUGCUGGAGGUGCUGGUGACUCUGGACGACUGGCAGGCAGCACAGGAGCUCUCGGCCUACGUGCUGCACCUGACGCCCACCCACGCUCGUGCACGGCAAGUGCUGGCCAUGGCGAACGACGUGUUCCACCCGGACCCUGUGGCUCUGCAGGCUGCAUUGGACGGCCUAGCUGCUCGUGCCUCUGCUACUGGAGUUCCUGCUGCUGGGGACUCUGCUGCUGCACCCCCUGCUGCUGCUGCUGCUGCUGCUGCUGCUGGCGAUGAGAAUGGCCUGGAUGUUGGGCGGUCAGCAGGUGCAACUGCAGGGUUGGAAGCGCAGGAGCAAGGGGUUGGGCAGCAGGGGAGCGCACUGGGCAGUGAGGUGUCCGUUCAACACAGCCCGGAGUUUGAGCUGCGCGGUCGCUCCUGGGCCGAGCUGAUCCUGAACACUGUACAUGUAUUCCGCACUGUGCAGCAGCGUUCGGUGGAAAAGCGGGGAUUGGAGUACCCUCAGCCGGUGGCUGGCGUUUCCGUGAAAGUUGUGCUGGCGGACAGCCUGCAAGGAGGUGAUUCCAAGCAUGCACCAGAGGGUCUUGUUAGAGCUGGCGGCGAAAGUGGUUGUGGGAGGAAUCUUGAUGAUGAAGGGCUUUCAAAGGAGCAGAAACUCCAGAGCUGCGCUGCUGGGGGGUCUAUUCUAUCUGGAAGGGACUCUUCUGUUGAUAUGGCAUGCGGACCCAAGUCAUGCCCAGUUGAGGCAGCAUCAGAACCCACAGCGUUGCCCCAGCCUUCUCCAGCUACUCAUCCCUCAGAGUCGCCUCUGCCUGAAGCACCACUUGAUCCUCCCACUGCCUUGCCUCAGCCUGACCCAUCCUCCCGCGUCUCUGCGUUAUCCGAACACAACUUCAUUGCUGUGGUUGAUCUUAGCAUGGACGAGGACUCACAGCCGCCUCCCGAUACCACGCCAACACCUACUGCUGCUGAGCUGCCUGACACUCCAGGUCCUCCUGAUGUAGACGAGGCACGACCCACACUAACACCACUUGCAGACUUGCCACUAACACAGACACCAGUGACACAGACCCCAGGGACACAGACCCCAGGGACACAGACCCCAGGGACACAGACCCCAGGGACACAGACCCCAGGGACACAGACCCCAGGGACACAGACUGCAGCAACUUCUGUCGAUGUGACUCCAGUAUCCACUCAGGAGGAUUCGCCUGUUGUUACGCCUGCUGCUUUGACAGAAGCACCUAAUGCCUCAGCUGCAGCUGUGCCAUCACCUGCUGCCGCGUCACAUGGUACUGCCACUGCUGAUGCUGUAGCUCCUGAUUCUGCAGCGCCUGCACUUCCUGCCAAGUCAAGGAAACGGCAUAGGCACCCGUUGUCGUUUGUGGGCACAGAGAGGCGCACGAGGCAGCAGAUAAAGGAGAUGCAGCUGCAGGAGGCCAAGGGGAAGGAGAGCAGCCUGCUGGAGAGCGCUAAGCCCCUCCCACCGAAGAGGCUGCGUGUGUUUGACAUUCUGAGCGCUUGCUUCAAGCAGCAGUCGCGCUUGAUGGGAUCCUGUGAUGGAAACGGCUUGGAGGUUGCUGUGAAGAAGGGAGAGGGAAAGGAAAUUUUUGCAGUUGGUGUUGCUGAGGGUGGCGUUGGUGCGGAUGCUGCUGCUGCUAUUGGUGCCGGCAGCACUUGUGUGGGGAGUAGUGGUGGUGGUGCGUGUGAUGGAUUGGAGAUGCUGCACAUGCUGCGACGCAAGCAGGUGCUGGUGAGGUUUUUCUCCAAGGACGAGGAAUGGAGCAGCGUGGAUGUAGCAGCAGGUGCUGAAGCCGGUGCCGGUGGUGCUGCUUCAGAAGGAGUUAAGGCUGUUGACAGUCGUGACCCUGCAGGAGAUGCAAAGCAAGUGCAGUCAUUCCUCGCUGCUCUACCCAAGCGCCUCCCACUUCUCCAGGCUGCCUCUCUUAUCCUGCAGUACUUAGCCUCUCACCUUGCCCUCUGGGCCUUCACACCCUCCGUUCUGGACGCUCUCCUCUGGCUUGAAAGACAGGCAGCUUCGUGGGAAGGCCGCUCGCCCAGUGUUUGGCUGUAUCUGGGGGAGGUUUAUCUUGUGAGGGGGGUGCAAAGUGAUGUCGAAAUUAGAGGGCGGCGAGAGGCAGUGGGCGGGGCGGUGGAGAGGGAGUGCGUACAUUGCCUAGCCAUGGCAGAGCAGGCGCAGAUGGACGAGGAGGGGGUGAGGUGGGAGGUGGAUGGGGGUGCGUGGGGGCCAGUGGGGGGAGGGAGAAUUGCGCCAGAACAAGCAGACGGAGAGGCGGAGGAGCUAGGUCAGGGGAAGGGGCACGACGGUUUAGGGGGUUGGGAGAAGGUGGCGUUCUGGGUUCGGCUGAGAGCAAGUCAGGGGCAGGUGGCGAUGCGGAGGGGCAAGCAUGGGAAGGCGAUUGAGCUGUUCACGUGGUGCAGGGAUGCGCUGGGCAGAGCAGAGCAAAUCAAGGGCCGCUCAGAUGGCGUUGAAGGGAUGCUACUAGCAACGGCUGGGCCGGAAGCAGUAGCAGCACUAGCACAUGCAGCAGUGGAGGUGCCGCAUUUGGCAUGUGUAUGGGGGCCCAGUGGGGGUAUCUCAGUGCAGGGUUUGGAUGAGCUGCUGAGUGAGCUGCAUGUGGACUGUGUCCUGGCAGGGCUGUCAGGGAAGGGAGAGGGCGAGGCAGGGCAAGAGCUCCCCCAACCGCCACAGCAGCAGCAACAGCUGAUCAAUAUGAUGAAGCCUCUGCUGUUGAGGGAUGGGGCAGCAGGAAUGGGCGGUGGAGCUGGGAGGCAGAAGGGCAGAAGUUACUGCCUCCCGGGCUUGGCCUCUCACAGUUCAAUCUCGGAUGGCUGUCAAGGGGUGAAUGCAGACAGCCAGCACAGCGAGCAGAGCUCUGGCAAGUGGUUGGAGACGCUCAAGAGGGUUGUUGCUGCCACACGUGGAAUGGCCCAGGAGCAGCUGCUGACACUGGUUUGUUACAAGCACAUACUCGCGCUGCUGUCCAGCAGAAUCAGCAUGGGGGCGCUGCCCCCUGCACCUGCUAAAGCAACGCCAGCGGUGUCAGCUGCUACGGAAGGCUCUGCUGCAGCUGCUGGGAAAGCCUCUGCUGCUGGUGGUGGUGGUGGCAGAAGUGAUGCUGGUGCGAGCUGUGAAGCGGAGCUGAUGCAGACAGUGCAGGGGCUGAGGGACUUGACGGUCUCCAUGGCGCUUGGGACAGGAUUGGACUCUCUGGUGAACGAGCAGCACUUGGAGGAACUCCAGCAAGUCGUGGCAGUGCUUAUAGAUUUCGCCUUCUAUAAGCACCGCUUGUUACAAGAACAACCAGCGAGCCAGCUGUCAAGGGAGGUGUAUCAGCCAGGCUUGGGCGCUGCAGCAGCGAGAAGUGGAAUUCUGGCAGCGUGGCAGGGGAUGGUGGUGGCGUGGCAAGGGCUGUUGGUGGAUCUGUGCAUGGCGCUCUGCUGCCUGCAGCACUUGCGCGUGUCUGUUAAUCUGACCGAUACGGUUGCCAUGUGGGCCAUCACGCACAGCAUCCUUGCUUCUCAAGGUCUCUGCUGCGCCACCGCCUCCCCCUCCUCAUCCUCCUCCUCAGCUGCUGACAUUCCCCCCUCGCCCACACCCAACACCGCCUCAGCCCCUGUCAAUGCCGCAUCAUCUUGCCGACAAAGUGGCAAGAGCAUCACGGCUGCAGCAGAGGUUGAUCGAGGGGAAGGCACGCCAGCAGCAGCGAGAGCGCCCAGUGGUAAAGGCGCGUUCCUUGCCCUCUCUGCCCAGCUGCUGACCAACCUAGAGUCGCUGCUGACCCCCUCGGUGCAUGCAGGAGGUAAGAAAACCAAGCUUGCUGCUGCAGGGGGAAAGGAGCCAGGAGUACGAGGCCUGAAGGGGGGAAGAGGAGGAGAAGCUAGGAAAGGAGUUGGUGGAUUAGGUGCUAGAGGGGAGGCGAGGGACAUGCAAAGGACUGGUGGCAAUGGUGCGGGGUGUGCCGGUGACAAGGCUGAGAAAACUGCUGUUGGAGUUGGUGACACUCCUGAUGCUGGGCGAGCGAGCAUGGGAAAGAAUGGCGGAACAGUCGGUGGUAGUGGGCAGGGAGCAAGGUUGGAGGAUGCGCAUGGGAAGAGAUGCGCACUGCAGGAGAUCGAAGGGGCUAUGGGCCAAUGCUUCUUGUGCCUUUAUGGGGUGCAGCUGAGAGGGGCAGAGGAGGAUGUGGGAGGGGAGAGUAGCGGUGGGGCUGCUGGGCAGGAGGCAGCAGCAGCAGGGCUGGUUCAGCAUCAGAACACCUUGGCUGGGGAGUUGAAAUCCAAGGACCAGUGCGCUCAAGCAUUAAGGCACAUGGCACCGUUUGUCACUUCCUUCACUUUCGAGCGGCUUGUGAAGCUGGUGCCGCUGCUGACGUCCAUCCACUCCUUCUUCCCCUCCCCUCCCCCUGCCAUCCUCGCCCGUCACUCUGUGGAGCCGUUUUUGGACGAUCCACAAGUAAACGACUGGGGAAUGGUGGGGAGGAUUGUGUCGAAGGGGAAGAGGUUGGACGAGGGGGGGGGGGAGUUGGUAGGGGGGCAUAUAAUGGCAGAGGAUGGGGGCGCAGAGGAAGGGAGGAGGAUUACAGAGGAUAGGGAUGGUUUGUUCGUGAAGGGCAAGGAGGCGAUGAAUGAUGGGGGAGAACCACUCAAUCGUGACAGCACAUUAGAUACAUCGCCAGACAUCCUGUCUUACAUACCUGUCCUGCAUCCCCACUCAUUCCUCUCCGAAUGGACAUCCUCUCGCCAUCCAGCAGCCCACCAUGCAGACUUGUCCCAUGCCAUGAACAGUGACACUUAUGCUGACGUGUACAAUCCCCUCUUCGCCAUGCUGGCGCGGAUAGAGCCCAUCCCCAUGGGCCACCACAUGCCGCCAGGCUUCUUCCUAGAGCCCAAGGGCCACUCGCACGUGCUGCAGGUCACUUCUCCUCUGCUGGCCGAUCUCUGCUACCAUCCCAGCAACACUGACUCGUGGCUCAAGCUCGCACUAUUCUACGAUGAGGCCUCCGACCUGAUGCUGAACGAUGGGGCGAAGAUGAAGGGCCCUGCGGACUGGCAUGCAGAGGAGGGGGUGUUGGGGAGGCUGCAGGGGUACAGGCAGCGGUGCACGCGGUGCUUGGUUGAGGCCCUUGCUACUCCGGGCUGCCGGCUUCCCUUUGAAGUGGCCGCGCUUGAGGAGAGUGAUUCGAGAUGGGAGGGGUGGACGGGGCGUGAGGGGAGGAAGGUUUGGGAGGGGCGGAAGGGGAGUGAGGGUUGGGAGGGGUGUGAGGAGCAGAGGAAGAGGGUGGUGAGUGUGUUGGAGCUACUGGCGUUUGUGGUGUAUGACUCGAUUCAGAAUGUGGUGCCGUCUUACGAUAGGCUCAGGCACACGCAAGUCAAGGAUGACCCCUGGCUGAACCGCUGCCGCCUGGCCUUUCAACUCUUCCGCAUCCUGCAAUCACUCUCUCCAAACUGGCAGUACCCAUUCUUUCGGGGCAAGCUGGCUGAGAAGCUUCACCUGCCCGCCUCUCUUGCUCUCCCCUUGAUGUGCCGAGCUGUCUCCCUGCGUCCCAAUGCUGUGGACACGGCCUACCGCCUGCACGCCUCACGGCUCAAGGCGCUUGCGAGGGGGCGCCGGGAAUCUGCGCUGAGUGAUGAUGACAUCAGGGUUCUUGUGUCCAAUAGUGAAGCCAAGGAUGCACUUGCCAAGCUUCUGCAACCGAAUGAAGAGGAGGCUCAGUCUGGAGGGGGUGUGACUGCGGCUGAGGGGAGUAUAGCGAGGGACACUGGCCAUGUGACAGAUGGGGGAGAGAAAAAGGUUGAGAAUGGAGAAGACGAAGGUGUGGAGGGCAGAGGAGAGGCUCAAGGAGAGAAGGGGGUGGAGAGGGGGGUUGCAGAAGGGUUGGGUUCUGACAAGGGAGCAGCGAGCAAGAACGAUGGGAGUGAUGAGGAAUUGGAGAUGGGAAAGGGGGUUGCUGAAAGGCUGGGAGUUGAUAAUGGAGCGGAAGGUGAGAAGGAUGGGAGCGAUGAGGUUUUAGAGGUGGAGAGCUCGAAGGAGGGGAAGGAAGGGGCAACACAGGAGGAAGAGAUAGAUGAGGGGAAGGAAGGGGCAACACAGGAGGAAGAGAUAGAUGAGGGGAAGGAAGGGGCAACACAGGAGGAAGAGAUAGAUGAGGGGAAGGAAGGGGCAACACAGGAGGAAGAGAUAGAUGAGGGGAAGGAAGGGGCAACACAGGAGGAAGAGAUAGAUGAGGGGAAGGAAGGGGCAACACAGGAGGAAGAGAUAGAUGAGGGGAAGGAAGGAGAAACGGAGGAUAAAGAGGGGGGGGCAAAGAAGGGCGGAUUGGGAGAAACGCAGGUGGAAAAUGAGGAGGAAGGAGGUGGUGGUGAUGGUGGUGGGGUAAGUGUAGGAGAGGGUGAAGAUGACGAUGAUGAUGUGGUGCUUGUAGAGCCGACCCAAAUUGAGCCGACCCAAGUUGAGCCGACCCAAGUUGAGGCAGCGCAAGAUUCCUGCUCUGUCAAAAAGCGGAAGGGCGGAGACCUGCCCAGCGCCACCGGCAAGAAGCACUCGCGACUGGCAAGAGAAGGGGAGUCGUUGGGACAAGCAGAGCAGGCUCCAGGUGGAGGGGAAGCUUCAAGAACAGCUGCAGAAUCAGCUGUGCAGUCGGAGGAGCGUGGUGCAGGCAUCGCUGAUUUGGAAAAGGAGAAGCAGCAAGCGGAGGAGGGAGAAAGUGGAAGGCUGGGGCAGCAAGGGAAAAAACAGCAGGCUCCUCCAAUUGAUAUCCAGCAGCUGAGGCAGCACUGGCCUUUGGUGUGGCAGCAUCUGUUCCAGGAGAGCGAGAAGGGAGUGAGAGAGUGUUUAGAAGGCGAUUUCAAACACUUCCACAGGGGGAGGUACUGCCUGGCGAAGGCGUAUCUGAGGCGGGGAGCGCCUGGAGACUUGGAGCGGGCCAAAUCAGAGCUCGGUUUUUGCUUCCGGAAGGCCAAAGUGGCUUUUGCAAUGAACAUGUGGGAGAUUUGCGUUCACACGAAGCAUGCUCCGAGGCCGAAAGGAGGGUCCAAAGGGGCGAGGGUGAGGAGGAAAGUGGUGGGGCUGGCAUCGGUCGAGGUGGCUGAGAGCUCUCGGAAGUUCAUGACCUGUGUGAGAGUGUACCUGUUGAUGUACCUCAGGCUCUGCUGCUACACGGGCGAUGUUGCUGCCUUGGAAGGGGCGCUUUCCACUCUCAAGACUGACAAAGAGUUUUCCACAGCACUCGUUGACCUAGUGCCCUUAGCUCUCGCUCUCUUCCGUAUGCACCUGCAUACGAUGCUGUGCUGGUCGCAUGCCCUUCUUGGCGCUCUCUCAGACAUCCUCCCUGUCUCUGCCUGGCCUCUUUUCCCCUGGCUGCACCCGCUCUCACUCUCCGACCUGCCGUCUGCCACCCCUCCUCUUCUGUGUAAGGGAACUGCCGUGACAGAAAAGGAAGAGGACAAUAAUGGAGGGGCAGAAGAUCACACCGGGUUAGUGGAAGGAGAUUGUUUGGAAGAGACUGAAGAAGACUCUGUUGGUGGAAGUGAUAGUGAAGAUUCAAUACUCAAUUUGAUUUCUGACGAUGAGGAGGAGGAGGAGGAGGAAGAUGAAGUGGAUGAGGAGGGCAACGACGAGGCAAAGGAAGUACAGGAAGGUGGGAGGCGGGAUGCUGGGACUUGUAUGGACGAAGCAGGUAUGGGCGGGAAGGUUAGUGAAGGUGCAGGGGGAAAGGAGAGAGUGGAUCAUCUAUCCACACCAGCAGCAGUAGGUGUGGAAGCAGGAGCAGCAGGGCCUGUCCCAGUAAUGACGAGGGGAGGGCUCAGAGUUACCAUACCACUCCUGCAAGGCCGGACUCUUAUGCAACCAGCACCAUAUCCUUCCUCUGCCUCUGAUGCCACUGCUCCGCUCCACAACCCCACGCAAUCACAAUCGCCUCUGGCUCUUCCUUCCGGCGCUAGCACAAAGGCCUUUGGUGCAAUCGCAGCCACUGGUACACCUGCUGCUGGGUCUGCUGCCGCAUCCCUCCCUUCCACUCCCUCUAAUGCUCCUUCUUUUCCAGGCAAACCCAUCUGCACCAAUUCCUCUCCCUCCCCGUUCGCUACUGGGCGCCCAUCCUCCCCGUUCCCCUCGCUUACUCCCCCUCGUGUCAACCUGCUCCUUGUUAAAGCCAAGGCAAGUGAAAGCGAUGCGGAUCGAGCACUAGCCCUGUUGCGAUCAGCCCAGGCCUUGGAGCGGGAGGCCUCUGGUGAGCUUCCCUUUGGCAAAGUUCUGGGGGGGGGGAAGAAGGGGGGAGUGAGUGGUGGGGGAGGAGCGUUGGGAAUGAAGCGGAUGAAAGCUGCUGCCAGAGAAGGUGCGGGGUCUAGCGUGAGAGCGGAUGUGCUGGGGAGGAGUGUGGGAGGAGGGGGAGUCGCGGAGUCAGGACAUGGAAUGCAAGUUACAGGUACGAGUUUUGUUGAUAACAGUAAGGCAGGUGAAGCAGUGGAGCAAGUGGGAAGGGGGGAAUCGGCUCGGGAAGGAAGGAGCAACGAGGAAGAGGAGGUGGAGGAAUGGAGAACGAGGUUGCAUGGUUUGAGCACGCAGUUGCUGGAAGUGGCUUAUGCGCUGGUGCAUGGCCGGUCCCUGGCCGCCCUUGCUGCUGCUGAACAGGCGCAGGCACAGAUGAAAGUGCAGGCGGAGGAGCAGGCACGGGCAGAGGAGCUGGCAGUAGGGGGAAAGCGGGCGCAAGGAGAGGCAGCCUUGAACGGAUUGGAAGACGAGGGUCAACAAGCUCUGUUGCCAGGCACAGAAACCGAGGCAAAGGUCACUACAGCAACACCACCAAAAUUAACAGCAGCAGCUGCUUCAACAGCAGCUGUGUCUGCAGCUGUUGUCACAACCGCAUGUAGCUCUGCAAGGCGGAUGGAGCGGCAUCCUUCACCUUGUAAAUUGCCUUCCACCAAUGCACAAGCUCUUCCUGCGACCGCUGCAUCGCCAUCUGCAGCUGUCUCCCGUGAUGCUCCUCCCCCUGCUGUUCCAGCCCAGGCUUCUGCUGCUGCUGCUGCUGCUGCUUCUCCAUCCCGUUCUCCUGUCCCAGAUGCUGCGGAGGAGCGUCUCCCAGCUCCCUCUCAUCCCCCCAAACUCCCUUCCUGCUCCCCCACUGGUGCUGCACCUAUCCUCAAGCCUCCUCUUGCCCGCCUCCCGAAGCUGGCGCGGCGAUUUCAGGCUGGCUUGAAGAGAAAGCAGGCAGAAGGGGAGGACAUCGGGCGGAGUAUGAGUUCGGAGGGUCGCAGUGCCAGGUGGAAUGGGGAUGGGGUGGUGAAUGAAGCAGACAAGAGGAGACUAGGAGCCAAUGAGGCAGCGGCAGCGGCAGAAGCAUCGACAGGAACAGCUGCAGAAGCAGCACCUUAUGAAGGAGUAAUGAACGGUUGGACAGGCUGCAGCCGCACAGAUGGAGUCAGAGUUGCGCCGAGCGCUGCUAUAAAUGGCUCCUCUGUGAAGGGGGAGUGGAAGGAGGAUAGGGAUGACAGGCGACGAGGUCGCUCUGAAAAAGGCCGAAAGGUGGUGGAUGGAAGAGGUGUGGGCUGUGAGAGGGUGGAUGUGGAGGGAGGUGAAUGGCAGGUGCGUGGAGUGGAGGAAAGGCGUCUGGAGGAGAGGAAAGAAAGUGAUAACGUGGUUUUGCAGCAGAAUGUGCGGCUGGAGGAGAGGCGUCAGCAUCGGUUAAAGGAGCCGGGUAAUGUGAUGGCUUCUGUGGGAGGAGCGCAUGGAAAGGAAGAGGAUGGGGAUGAGGAGGCGGAAGAGGAUGGGAAGGAUGCAGGGGGCGGGAAUAAGGGAGUUGAGAAACAGGGUGCGGAUCAUUGUAAGAGCAGUUUCGGUGGGCGUAGAGAUGGUGGAGAGAUUGUAAGAAAAAAAAAAGCAGGUGAAGCAGUAGAUGGUAAGGCGGCACCUUUGCGCCAGGGGAGCAGGCCGGAAUUGUCGGUGCAGAAUGACGCAGGAAAGGUCUCUGAGGCAAAGAAGCAGCUCGCGGCUGCAGCUACGUCAGCCCAGAAAGGAUUCCCAUCCACUGGCCCUUCUUUGUCAAGCCCUGUCAAGCCCACCUCCAAGCCCCCUGUCAAGGCUUCCGCCAAGCUACCUUCGAAGACUGUAGUCAAACCUGGCCUCAAAUCUGUCCUCAAGGCGAAGCAGACUCAGAAAGCAACCUCAACUCCUGCUGCUCCAUCAAUUCAUGAGAAUCGAUCAAUGCCCCAUUCGGCUCCUCAAAUGCACGAAGGCACUCCAUCAAUUUCUCAUCAAGGGGCCAACAGAGGAGUCAGGCAGGGAGCAUCUGUGCAGAAGAAGGCAGUCAUGGCAGUGGCUGGGGCUGUGGGCGAAGACACGGGUGGGAAGGCUGGGAAGAUGGGGGAACAGGAGGCGGGAACAAAUGGGGUGGUAAGGAAACCUGCUGGAGGAGGCGAGCAGAAGGCAGGUGUUAGUGGUGAGGUUGGAGCAAAAAGUAUGAGAGCAGUGCUGAAAAGGAAAAGAGCAGUGGCCGUUGCUGAUGAGAGUGCUCGACGUAUUGCUGCCCCAGGGGCGUCUGUUGAUGCUGCUGUCGGUGGUGCCGAUGACGAUAUGCCUGCGCCAACACCAGCAACAACACCAACAACAGUCACAGCAGCACCACCACGGCCAGCAGCAAUGGCAGUGCCAGGCGCUGUUGAUGCAAAGGCCAGUCAAGCCAAGAAAGAAGCAGCAAACAGGGCGACUCAACAGCGGCAAGGUGCACCUGUGGCUUUAGCACAUACAAAAUCCAAGGCACCUGUGGUCAAGGAAGUUAAGGUAGACAUACCAGUCAAGUCUGCAGAAGCAUUAAAAAGAAGGAAUGUGGCCGCAGAAGGGACAAUUUCUGACAGGACAGGGACAGUGGGGGCUGCAUCAGUAGCAAAGGUUGUUGGAGAGGUGGGUACAAGCAAUGCGCCAGCAUCGGGACAGGGGUCCACAGGAAAAGGAUCAUCCAAGCUCCUUGCCAGAAAAACGGCUGCUGCGAAAAGAGAGUCGAUCACAAACACAACUCAAGAGAGUGAUGCCAGAUCAGGCCAGGGUGUACAGGCAGCUGCAGCUAAAGUUGCUUUGUCUGGUCCGGGCAAAGGAGGUUCAGGCACAGUGGCUAUGGGUGGAACGGGUUCAGGGCUUGUGAAAAAAAGGAAGCUUGGAGAGGGCAAAGACAGAGGCUCAGUUGUGAAGCUGCUUGAACAGCAGAUGGAAGGAGUAGCAGCACAGGGAAUGGGUAAGGCACCCGCUUUGACAGCAGGAGCAGCAACAACCUCCAAAGCUGGAGUUUCUCCAACAACGCUAGCAGAUGCUGCUAAUCUGUCUGAUCCAGGAGUCGCCACUGGUGCUGCAUCAGCUGUUGGAGUGGUAGGAAGAGGGCAGAAAAAAGGAGUGAAUUCGGGUGGGGUUUCACUCAAAGUUGUUCAGGUUGGUGCUCCACGAAAUCUUCCGAAACUGAAGCUGGGGAGUUCAGCACCUAAAGGUGGGACAAAGGCUGCUGCAGUAACAGUGGGACCAGUUUCAGUGGACAAAGCGGGAUCAGGCAGGUCCAACCAAGUCAGUCAAAAAGGCAUCUCCAAGAAAGGUGCGAAGGACAAAACGCUGGCCAAUACUGGUGCUGCUCAAAUGGAUAGUGGUGUGCCUGGUGUAACUGAUGAACUUGGCACAUGCACGGAUGUCACAAGGGAGGCCACGGGUGAGAAAUGCACACAGGAUCCUGCACCGCAAGGCGGCCACAGUUCAGCAACCAUUGGCACUCCUGGUGCUACGAAGGUGCCUGCAAGAAAGAAGCAGCCCCUGGUGAUAAAGAUUCAGAAGCCAAGGCAUGCUGUAGCUGUUGAAGGGAGCUCUUUGAGCAAAGGCCAUGAUCUGGAGUGA